CGGUGCUUGACCUGUGACGUCACAUACCGGUAACCUUCGUCGAACACAAUGACUGAGAGGCGGUUCAAAUCCUAGCAAAUAUCGUUAGCCAUCGGUGAUAGAAAUUGUUAAAAGAGUGAUCAUCCACCAUGAGUGGGCCCGUACCCUUCUUGGGUAGUAAAAUCAGCCUUAUAUCUAAAUCUGAAAUCCGAUAUGAAGGGAUUUUGUACACCAUCGACGCUCAGGAGUCGAUUAUUGCUCUGGCGAAGGUCCGGUCCUUUGGCACAGAGGACCGGCCAACGGAGAUGCCAGUUGCUGCCCGGGAUGAAGUGUAUGAAUACAUUAUCUUCAGAGGCACAGACAUCAAAAAGAUAGAAGUCUGUGACACACCAAAGCAGCCAACUUUACCUGGAGGACUACAUAAUGAUCCCGCUAUUGUCCAGCACUCUGCUCCAGCAGUCCCAUCAUCCUUCCAAGCGGCUCCCUUUUCUCGACAGUCUCUAGGUCCCAUUGGCGGAGGCCUAGGCUUGUCAUAUGGUGCAUAUGGACAGUCAAUGACCCAGCAGGGUCUCCCAGGGACAGGUGGUUUUCCAAUGGGUUCUACAUCCCAGCCCAGUCUUCUCUCAGACAUCCUAGUAGGCUCACGUUCAUCCACGCCAACUGCUCGAAAGUCCCCAGUCUCUGAUGCUGGAGUGCAAGUCUCGCCUCCCCCUUCAAGGGAAGAGAAGAAGAAAUCUCCCCAACAGCAGAGACAAUCACAACAGGAAAGUAGACCCCAGCGCAAUGGCAACCAGAGUGGGCAAGGGCGUCGCAACCAGCAGCAGGCACAACAGCAGCAGCCACAGCAACAGCAGCAACAGUCUCAGCAGAAUCACCAUCCUAACCAACAACAACAGUACCACAAUAAUUACCAGUACCAUCAGUACCAAGGCAGAGGUGGUAUGGGACGUGGCCGUGGUAUGAGAAGACCUGGUGGACAACGAGGCAGAGGGCAGAUUUUCAAUCAGGGCAAUAGGCAGCGCCAGAUCCAGGAUCAGCAGUUGUUCGAGAAGGAUUAUGAUUUUGAGCAAGCUAAUGAGGAAUUUGAGGAGUUGAAGAAUCAGCUGGCAAAGACGAAGAUUACCGAAAAUGGUGAAAAGAAGGAUGACUCGGGGCAUGAGACUGCUGGUGGAGAGGAUGUUGAAGAUCCAACUUGCUACGACAAGGCAAAAUCUUUCUUUGACAGGAUUUCUUGUGAAUCUAUUGAGCGUAGUAAAGGAAAGAGCCAACGUCCAGACUGGAGACUUGAACGAAAAAUCAACGUAGAGACCUUUGGUGUAAGUUCAGCCAGGAGAGGAUUUUAUCCCCGUGGAAGAGGUUAUUACCGUGGUGGCUAUUACCGAAACUAUAACUAUAACCAAGGAUACUACAGGGGUGGAGGUGGUGGUGGCAGCUACCGCGGUGGACGAGGAGGCACCAGAGGUAAUGCAAGCAGUGUCAAUGGUAUGUCGCAACGAGGAACUGGCAGCAGCAAUGGUGGUGGAAGCGCAUAUGUGCCAGCUGUCAGGAAUUCUACACCGAACAAGUAGCCUUUCAAAGCUGGAAGUGAAGUCUGCACCAAGAGCAAUGAAACAGGGUUUGCUACAUCUGAAUAAUAGUUAUACUUAAUAAGGAAUGUGUUGAUUGAAAAAAUUGUGCCUAGUUAAAAGAAAUGAUUAAGCUUUAAUUGAUAUUGAAGGUUUCCUUAUUGGUGUUUUGAGUCUGUGGAUGAAAUUUGAACUAGGUGUAAUUGUGAAUUAGGAUAUAGAUGGUGCAGCAUAAUUACAGAUGUAGAAUUGACUCAUUCUAACUGUUGUUAGAAUAUAUUUAAUUACAAAUAUUUUGGUUAUGAAGAAAAAUAUUAUGUUCAAGUAUUUGACCUACAGGAAGUUUCCUUUUAGAAUUUAGUAAAUGCUGGAAUGUUAUCUGGUUAACAGAUAAACAAAACAAAAAAAAAAAUGAGUAAAAGAAAAGGUUUUUGUAGAGAAGAUAAGACCUGUUCAAAUGAUGGCUAGAUGUGACUGGAUAGAAAGGCAUGGAAUGACUUAAAGAGCAGAUUCUGUUGGAAUGUUUAAAGGAAUGUGGAUUGGAAGAGAUAGGACAAGGGAGUGCAAUGGAUAAGUUAGUGAAUUGAUGGUACAUUGAACAGGAACCUUUUACAGGUGAUAAAGGGUAUUCUUUAAUCCAGCAACAGCAGCAGCAUUUUUGUAGUCUUCUGUAGGUGCAAGGAACUAGGUUGGUCCAUCCAGUAGCCUGUGCCAUAAGGCGGCUGGAAUUUGUCUUGAAAGUUCCUUUUUGUAUGGCAAGAGGUAUAUAUACAUCAAUGAACUGUACAAAUAUGGUCCUCAAAACUAUAUAAACUUGAUUUAAACUCCAAAUAAAGGAACCUGCCAGCUUCUUAAAUACCUUAAUUGGUAUUGGGUGCAAAGAGGGACAAUAUAGAAUAAUGCAAACCAUUUUUCACAUUUGUUGCAAAAAUAUCAGUUUCUUAUACGAAAGCUCCACAUGUAGAAAUGUUGGAGUUGGACAAAAAUCUUUAUUUUGUUUUAUGUACAUUUUUAUUUUUGGAAAGGAGCUGUCCUCUUAACACUUCUGAAUGUAAAGGAUAAUUUAGAAACGAUUGCCCCUUAUUUUGGGCAGACUUGUAAACACUUGCCCAAAGAGGCCAGCUCACAAGGUCAUCAAAAAUUCUACAUUUUUGCGUAGAAUAUGAAAGUAGCAGUGUGAAGUCUUAGCUCUGCAUUAAUUUUUGAUGUAGAGUAGAGAGUGGAGACAACACCAUUCGGGCUACCAAAAGCCUGCCACAUUACUGCCCCUGCUUGACAUUAUUGGCAGUAUCAGGCAGCAUUGGCUCAGCAUUGCAGGGGCAGCCAGCCAGUGGAAGCCACCAUCGUCCACAGUAAUGCAUUGUGGAGGUCAUCAUCCACAACGAAAAUGUGCUUUGAACAUCUAUUUUUACAAUAAACAGUAAAGCACAUGUGUGUCUUAUUGAUUAAUCCACUCAGGUGGCACAUUUUGAAUAUUGUUCAUGGUUUAUUUAUCAGAUGGUUUUCUUUGAAGAAAAGUGCUUACAAAAAUAGAAAGUAACCUUUCUUGUAAACGUCCUUGUAAAUUAACUGCCAGCCUAGAAAAUGUUAAAAAUUCUGCAGUCCUAAAUAAUCGUGCUACAUAGAAUGACAAGGCACUUGCUUUCGGAAAGCAAGACUCCAUGCCAUUGUGCAAUAUUAUAUUCAGUGUUCUUUAUGAAAGUUUAUUAAUAUUGUGAUCAAGGGUUACUGAAGAUACCCUGGAGUAUAAAAUGUAUAAAGUUUUAAUUUAAAAAUUGUACCAGUUAACAGCAAGGUCAUGUAGUAUGAAUCUACUUAAAUAUUUUGAUAAUGUUGGCUCGAGGCCUACGACAGGACGCAGUGCGAUGCAAGAAAACCAUUCAAAUUGCAAUGCAAGGUCUGAGUAAGUGGUCAUUGAAACAGGAAAUCUUUAAAGCCAGGACAUUUUGGGAUGAAUAGAAGCAAGGGACCUUUUUCUCCUGACCCCAACUAAGAGGGUUGUACAACAUUCAGACGAAACGGAUCACAGAAAAGUAGCAGUAUAUAAAAAUCCUCAUCGAUCUGUAAAGACCAUUACUGCAAAAUUAAGGUUGUACUUAAAAUUUAUCUUUCCAUGUAGGUGAAGAGCAGUGCUUUUGUAAUUCAGGUACUUAAGGACGAAAUGCACGAAAGAAACCGUGAUAAAUGAAGAUGAGGGAGAGAACAAAAAAAUACGUGUAGGGAUUUUGGUGCAAAAUUAAAUGGAAUAGAAAUAUAAAAAUAGAUUUUUUAUAAGAAGUAAUGUAACAUUUAAGUUAGUAAGCCUGUUACCUUCGUCUUGAUAAAUUGCUCGUCCUAGAUUUAAGACAUUUGAACAAAAGUAACCGGGGUGAAGGAAGUCCUUUUUUCCAAGUAUGAACGUUUCCUAAGCCUCAUCCCCCCUCCCUCCCCCCCUUAGUAAACCCCCCCCAUGUCAAUCUUCUCUCUCCCCCCGGUUAUACUCCCAUCUCUAGGUAAUCUCCAAUGCAUUCAAUUAAGUGAACAUGAAACCAAUUUCGACCCUUUUCUUCCCUUGGAGGUAUGAGGUAUAAAUACGCUAUCUUCAUGAAAUGUUACUCGUAGAUCGCCUAGAGGUAAUCCGGCCUCCACGUUAAUCGUUCAGUUGUGGUUGUUUUCAUUCGGGCUUUAGACCUAUCAGCUGCUGUGGUUAUUAAGGUCUUUCUACAGCGCAAAUAAACCACGGACGAUCUCGCCGCUCUCGGUUGAGAACACGAGUCCGCUCCAACCUGAAAGAGGUUGGGUCACAAGCAAGGCGCCUUCGCAAAACUCUGAAUUGCUGUGCUCAUUCACCUUAUAAUAAUAUUAGAGUUUCAAUUACAUCUGCACGCAUAACUUCCAACUCUUGAUUCGCACGUUGUCAGGCCACGGCAUUUGCGUGUAACCUUCGUAAAGUCAAUUUUGAAGUUGAUUAGGCCAAGUGGGUGUAGCAUGGAUAGGGUUGAUGAACUAAUCCAAUGGAAUUGAAGGUUUUGUUCCAUGUGAUCGUAUUAUCAGAAAAUUAUAUCGUGUGUUGCGCAUGUGUCAGUAUAUUUGUGUAUAUAUAUAUAUUACCAGGGAGGUUGGUGCGUGCUCCGAGGUAAGCACUGCACUAACAGGUAGGUGGAGAUUAUACCAACACGCCUGCAGAGAGAGAGAGAGAGAGUGGUGUUUUAACAGCAGCUUUUGAAGGGUGGAAUAAGACGAUGCCAGCGAGUGUCUAUCCGUCUCACUUGCUUUAUGUAGUAUCUAAAUAUAUAUUGACCAUUACUCGAAUGGCAUUUUUAUUAUUAUCAUUAUUAUUAUUAUUAUUAUUAUUAUUAUUAUGGUUGAUAAUUCAAUGUCUCAGUAUGGUGUAAUUAUUUUUCGUAUGAGCUAGCAACGUAUUUAUAAUGACAUUUAACCAAGUGUGAAGGGUAAGCUAGCCAAGUGUUAUAAACCAAAUAAUUAUGAUAUACUUAAUAUUGAGCCACAUCGGAAACUUUUGUAGCAUAAUGUUCAUGUGAAAUGAAAGGGAAAAGAUAAUUAUUUUGAUACAUGAAAAGCACGGAGGUAAUUAUACUCAUUUCUUAAAACAAGUCAAUUAAAAAAAAACAUUUCAGGUAAUCUCUAAAUUUAUGAUUUCUCGGUUUUGUAAAUCCUUGCGCUUUAUUAAGGUAAAAAGUAAGGAAGGGAAUUUUUGCAUGUUCAUCAAAGCGCUUGGAUGUGUGUACAAACGAUCUCAAAAAUCAAGAUUGUUUAUUGUCUCGGAUUUUUUAUUGAAUAUUAAAAGAUACUGAAUAAAUUUAUAGAUUUCGCA